GGGAAACGCAUUGCCAGGAAAUAAAAAUUGAAAGAUCGAUUUUUUGAAGUUCGUCAAAUUUUGUUCGACAAGUUUGUGGCAAUUUUUCAUCCGCGUUUUUGUUGAAUCAAAUGUAACAACACCGUCAGAAAGUAGAACUUCUAAUUUCUGAACCAUAAAAUAAUGGAAGUAGAACAUCCCCCGGCCGUAUCAGAGAGCAAUUCAAGCGACAGCAUACCAAUCCCUGUGAUUAGAGAAAAUUGCCCGGAAACUACCCCUAGUAAUAUUUCCACCAAUGUUAACGCAGCUGCAUCAGAAGGAUCGAUUAACAUCCCUGUAGAACAGGAAAAUGUUAAACAACCUACACCGCCCGUAGAAAAUUACCAAGAGGCGGGAAAUCCAAUGCAAGCCCAAUCCGAACCACCGAAGGAAAAUGUAAGUCCACAAACGCACGAAGGACAAGAACAAAUACAACAACAACAGUUACACGCGCAGUCGAGCGAAGCGGAAAAUAUGCAAAGAGAACAGAUAUCUCAGGAACAGAAAGGUCACGUGCCAUCUGAGAAACCUCAACCUCCCGUCACAAUCGAUAAAGCAGAAUCACAACCUGAGAAAAUAGACAGGAGAAACCACAGCGACAUAUUUUCUUUAAAGAAAAACGAAAAUCCCGACACCUGCUUGUUUACGGUUGGAGGAAUACCAAGCAGACCAGUGUACAGACGAAGGGACGUGGCGCCGAAUAACGUAUUUCCCGAACAGAGCAACAGCCCUUCGAGAAGAGUCGAAAAGAAGACUAGCAAAAGCCCGGUACAAAGUCCUAGGACCGACGUCAGGAACAAGGAUCGCUACCACGAGGCGAGGAGGCCUUCCAGCUCUUUGAGGAACCCGCUGACUGGCGCUGGCAUAAUAUCUAACGACGAAUACAGAUUUCGAAGAAUCAGGAAGAAAGAUCUGAAUCAAGCGGGGAACCCGGUUUUAGGAGUUGGAUACCCCGAACAGACGACUUCCACGCCAAGGAUUCCACCAGGAGGUUUUUCUCAUGGUUUAUGGUGAGCGAGUUGUAGGACAACUCGAAUAAAUUAUAGUAACAACCUCACUAUUUUACAUAGUAUAUGACAAUUUUUGUUUUUAAGUUUUGCAGAUGUAUACAUUUUAUACAAUAUUUAUGUAAUUC